GUCUGGACGUCAUGAGCGCGCAUGCUUCCGCAGCACCGUACAUUUAUUCCGAAUCGCAAACUUGACACCCCUGAAAAAUCUGCGCAUAUGUGUAGCAGCUGGGCGCAGACCCUGUUUCUGAAUCCGGUUCCGGCGUCGUCCAGUGCCCACAGACGGAUCCCUGGGCUUCCACCCGACCAGCACCGAACCGUAGCAGCAGCCGAGAGGCGGAUGCGCAAGGGAGGGUUGCCAAAUCCAGCGGAUUUCUCACGGUCCACGGACUAGAACGCUCUGUGUGUAUCCCCGUGCGCGGAUGACAACCUCAAAACACCUAUACUGAAAACUUUCAGCUCUCCAUUUUGACGCGGAGGGGGGUGUUGUUGAGAUUUUUUAGUUUUAUUCCUCUCUUUCUUUUUUUUUUUUACUCAGAUCCAAGAACAAGUCAUGAUGAUGCAGGUGCAACCGGCGCUGACAUGACUUGCUCGGCCCUGACGCGUUUUCAUUGUGCCAUGCCAACCCCGCAUUGUCAGAUGCCAUUUUACUCCAGCGUCUGGACUCCCAAUGUCCUGGGCCUGUUGUGUAAUUAGAAGUUCGUGAGGCAGUAGCAAAAAAAAAUAACAAAAAAAAUAACAAAAAAAAAACGAACUGGUGCAAUGAGAAGCUACGUUGCUUAGGGAACUGUGCGCAUUUUGCGCUGAAGCUUAUGGGUCGUGCGUACUCCAGAUCCCGGCGUCCACUUGGAGAGCUGUGCUGCGGGGCUACGGCGCACUGGCUGUCGGCUUCACAUCUGGCCCGCUUGGUUCGGACUGUUUAUUCCCUCAGCUUAUACGUCUAAGGGGGAAUUAACCGAGCUCGGAUGUGUUGGGGAUACAGGGUGUAUAUUUAAAAAGAAAUAAUAAUAAUAAAAAAAAAAAAAAACAUUAUUAUUAUACGCAUUUUUAAAAAGGCAACGCGAGGGUGACUUUGCAGUCUUCGGUUAUUAUAUAUCGUCUGACACAAAAAAAAAAAAUAAUAGUGUAAAAAAAAUAAAAAAAAAUAAAAAAAGGAGUGAAAGUGGAGUGUCCGUCGUGCGUGUCAACGCAGCGGGAUUUGUGCGUCUGGUCGGCGUUGCCCCCCCCGCCCUUCCCGCGGUGACGGUUAUGGGUCGGAAGCGGUGUGUCGGUGCAGAUUGUUCCAAGAUGGCGGCCGGGUGCUGCGGGGUGAAGAAGCAGAAGCUGUCGGGGUCGCCCGGGUCGGGGGGCCCCGGCGGGGUGGGGGCGGGGAGCGGGGUGGCGGGAACCGGACACUGCGGCUCGGAGCUGGGCAUCGGCGGCUCCUCCGCCACCGUUGGAUCGACGGGGAACGCGGGCAGAGCCAACGGCCUGGGGGGACCCGGCGGGAGCGCCGUCGUCGGCGGCAGCAGCAACUCUCUGUCCCCGGCACCGGCCGGAUACACCACCGGCCUCUCCCCCAGCCUCAGCCCCGGCCCGGGCUCGGCCAGCGGCGGCAGGAAGAUGGUCGUCUCCGCCGAGAUGUGCUGCUUCUGCUUCGACGUGCUUUAUUGCCAUCUGUACGGAUACCAACCUCCGAGGACACCCAGGUUUACAAACGAUCCCUAUCCGCUGUUUGUCACAUGGAAAAUAGGCAGAGACAAGCGGUUGAGGGGUUGUAUAGGUACAUUUUCUGCCAUGAAUCUGCACUCAGGACUCAGGGAGUACACCCUUACCAGUGCCCUUAAAGACAGCCGCUUCCCCCCGAUGACAAGGGAUGAGCUGCCUCGCCUCUUCUGCUCAGUGUCUCUUCUCACCAACUUUGAAGACGUCGGUGAUUACCUUGACUGGGAGGUGGGUGUUCAUGGUAUAAGGAUAGAGUUUUUCAAUGAAAAAGGAUCAAAACGCACCGCCACCUACCUUCCAGAGGUUGCAAAGGAGCAAGGUUGGGACCACAUUCAAACCAUAGAUUCCUUACUACGAAAGGGAGGCUAUAAAGCUCCCAUCACAAAUGACUUCAGGAAGACCAUUAAAUUAACCAGGUACCGUAGCGAGAAGAUGACGAUGGGUUAUGCAGAGUACAUCGCCCACCGCCAGCACCAUCACUACCAGAACGGCAUCGGGCACCCUCUACCACCCUACAACCAUUAUUCCUGACAGCGAGCCGCAUGACCAAUCAUUGGACCUCUCCGCGGACCUUUUCCCAGGAGAGCCAGCCCCUUCCUGGUCUAGCUAUUUCUACUACUGUACCAUUUUAUGAUGAUAGUUUCCGUUGCCAUGCUGGCCGUCUCCUAGACGUUGACAUGGCAACGGGUGGCAACGAAGCAUCAUUUGAUUAUGGCAAGAGAUCCAUGUAUUUCAUUUCGUUUGCCCGUGGUUAUGUUUUUGCAGCAUAUGUAUACGUAUAUCUAUAACCCCGUUCAUUCAUAUGUUUGGAAAUUAAACCAAUAUUAGAUUUUAUUAAUAUUGCGUCUUUUCAGCAAACCUAAUCAGGUGUUUGAUUCUGUGGAUGGAAAGAAGUCUCUUAUGGUGGAUUAGUCUUUCGCUUGUAUUGUUAAGGCUUUGCUACAGUUUUACAUUUAAAAAAAGUAAUUCCUUAGUUUUUCCUCACUUUUCUUUCUAUUACUAUCCAGACGUGGUAUAUCAUGUAGCAAAGAAACUGCAGUUGUCAAAGGCUGUGUCGUCUCUGCUUCGAUUACUCUCAAAAAACUUGACUGUGGAGGUUCUAGCCUUGUAAACUCUCGUAGUGUUGUAGUUGGAACAAUGUAUUGGGAUAUGUAUACUCCAAAGUUAGGUAGGAUUGUGAUGCCCUACGGCCUGCCUUCGUUGGUAGUGUUUAUUGCUUUGAGCUCACAGUUGUGUGCGUUAUUGUGUGUGGAUAUAGAAAAUGUCCUCCAACGGGACAAAAACCAGUAGAACAUGUAAAUUAGAUUUCACCAAAAGAUGCCCCAGAGACACCGUUGGAAGCCUCCCCCUCUCAGUAGUUGAUGUUUUGAGGUGAAACCUGUAUAUCUUGAAUUACAUUUGAUUGAUCAGGGUUUUCAGCUAUAUACUUUUUUUUUUUUUUUUCAAAAUUUAAGAUGGUUGCAGAGGAAGACGUUUUAUUUGAGGAUAAUCCCAUUAGAGCAGUUAAUUUGAUUAGUAUCUAUAUAAAAUGUUUUUUUUAGUGGGGCUGAUUUUCCUUAGUUGGAGAGGGGGUGCAGGUGUGAUUACGUGUCCCCCAAGAGUUAACAGAAGUACAGGAACUAUCUUUUUCUUAACUUAAAUGUCUGUUGGAGUUCACUAGCAGGGAGUAACUUGACAGGGAAAUGCUAAAACUACUUAAGCCAUAUUCUCAUAUCUUUAUUCCACGCUUUGUGAGAGUUGUUGGUUGUUUGGCUUGAAGAGUUUGCAUCGCGCGAUGUAAGAUCUUCAGAUCGAGAACGCAGAUGCACAGCAGCCAGCCUGAAAAAUGUAUGGCUGAAUGCUCGUCAGACCCAGCGGUUUCACCCAUCGGCCCAGACCUAGUCCGUUACCCGUCGUAGAAACAUCGUCUUGCCUUUUCAGAUUAUAGCUAACCAUUGUCACUCGUCCACAAUGUAUGAUGGAUUUAAAAAAAAAAGAAAAGAAAAACAAAAGGUCAUUUUUGAAUGAAACCACUUCCUGGUGCACAGAGGGAGUGAUCUUAUUAACAUGUUUGUGUCAUUUAGAAGUGCAUGUCAUAGUGCUGUGUAGAAACCGAAGCUGUCACUGUAAUGCAGCUAGUUGAUAUAGUUGUUGAAACCGCACCGCCGCCGUUCUCCUCCUCGCCCUUCACUGAGAUCCCGUUGAUCCUGUUGACCCGUGUGUUUACAGCACAGGGAUUGUUUUGAUUCAUGGUCCGUUUUGUCAGGUGUCUGGCAGCAGGUUGCUGGAAACACAGCUGGAUUUGUUGAAGCAGAAUCUCUGUGUGGGGCCUUGCAGCUCACAGUCGAGGCCUAUCUUUCAAAAGCAAGAGCUUUGUGAGGGACUUAAAAAGCCAUUUUCCAUCCAAAUAUUUCUAGUUGUGAGUCACAUCCACACACAUUAGGCUAGUUGGACUUGCUUUAAAGAAUGUUUAGUUGAGGAUCACCAUGCGGUCUGCUCUUUUUGGAUGUUUGGUUACUAACUGGAAUUUUUUGAGAGGUUCUUGUUACAUGACCGACAUCUUUCAUGGUAACAGCCUUUACUAACUGACAGGUUAUUUUUCUUUAUGCAAAAAUGUCAAGGGCUUUUGGCGCUCCAUCCACAGUAACCCAAAAUGAUCCAGAUUUCAGUUGUGUUGCCUUAAAUAAAUUAUUUAUUCAGCAAUGGACCAGUAGAUGAUGAUCUGAAUGUUCCUCUGUGCUGUGGUCUGCUCCUUCCCAGCUCCAUCUGUACUCCACGAAUGGGAGAGGGCCGCAGAUUACACUGUCCUCACUUAGAGACCUUUUUACCCAAGUCUCCAUGGAUGUACGGGGGACCCUGUACACCAGCAGUCUCCUGUUCCCUCACAUACACUUCACAUACUCAUCCUCUGUAGAGAAAGUUGGGCACUGUGAUGCUGACACCCUUGACGUUUCAACCACAGGAAGAUGGCGGUAAGCCUCUUGAAGAAAAUACAAAAUACACUACAAAGAGGAACAGUCAGGCACCAAUUUCCUGGUCCAUUUAAUACAGCACAACCUGAAGUUUUCUGCUGCAAAACCAAACUGACCAUGCUCUUUUACAUAUAUGUCUUUGUAUACACAUGCAAUUUAUUUUGUUGCAUGUAUGUAUGAGUAUGAGACCUAUGGUUUUAUCCAUGAUAUGCUUGAUCUAUGGCUUAGACACUCUUUAUUAACCAUUAAGAGAUUUAAAAGACAAAUAUGGUGCUAUCGGACCUCAUAUUGGGGUGGUCACAGCUCGUGACUGGUCAUGCGGACUCAUUGAUCAUAUCAUACUUAAAGAUGCUACAUGUAAGGUUUUCUCUUUAAUGCUUGCUGUGAAAUGAGUCAUGACAGCACAUUUUAAUAGUGAAGGAUGACUCAUUCAUAUAAACAAUAGCCCCAAGAAACUCUGCUUUCUAGAUUGUGGGUGAUUUUUUUGGGAUCAAUUCCCUAUGGGAAAAAUAGACAUUCUUACUUACAAUGAAGGACACCAUAGGGGCUAUAGAAUGUACUGUUAAUGGUCAUUAUUGUAAUUCAACGGCGAUGUAUUAAGAGAAAAUCCUACAAGUGUUACUUUUUACUAUCCUUGAUAUAUGCAGAUCUGUUCAACAGGUGUUUGUUUGUUUUCUUUUAUGAUUUUAUUGUUCCUACCAGUGCAAGUCAACACCCCUGCAGGUUUGAAAGGACAAGAAGUCACACAUUAACCUUUUCCCCCCCGAAGACUCCCAACACUGUGGCCCAACCGCAUGGCCAAGUUUGUCAAGGUGUGAUGCGUGUUGUUUACUAGAAGUUAACAGUAGAAGUGGUCAUUGCCUCGCCUGGAAGAUUGGAUCCUGUUUUUAUUUUGGUUUACAGAACACAUUUCUGUUCUUGCUGCUGAAUCAUUUGACCUCCUCUGAAAGAGCAAAGUUUGAAUUGUUGCCAAGUGACGGGUCCUUUUUCUGCAGCCCUCUGCAGCAUCUCUUAUAGCGGGACGGUAGUCGACGUUUUAUGUAGAACAUGCAGAAUUCUGUACCGAUCAACAGUUGAAAGCAUUGAUACCUCACAGGAUUUUAUGGAACGACAUUUGUAGAUUGUUGUAGCAGAUUGUGUUUUGGUUCCAUACCAGGGUUCGAGUUCAGCCUCAGCGUUCCUUGUGUGGUCAUUCUUGUUAUCCGUGGAAUGCUCGAGCUCAUGUUACCUUCGUAUGUUUGACUGAACCAAAGAUGCCAGCGGCCAUGCCCAAAUGCUGCUCUUCUGGCCUGGCUUCCUGUCCUUCCAAAAAUCACCCCUGCUAUUGACAAAAUGUUCUUUGUCUCUUUUUAUUUUUUUCCCCUCUCCUAAUUUCUUUUUUGUGCGAUUUCUCAACUGUCUUGACUUGUUAAGCAACCCAGUUUUCAAUGAAUUUUCAUUGAUUCUGUCUCUGAAGCCGUACCCGGCAUUGGGAUGGUUGCUAAUUGUUGUUACUUGUUCUGUUGUUAUUAUUAGUAUUAUUGCUAUAAUUUUCAAAAAUGAAAAUCCCAUGGUGUGCCUCCUAGCUUUGUGGGUUUAUAAAUGUUCUUCUUUUUUUUUUUUUUUUUUUUUUUUCCCCCUAAAGACCAGCAGUCAUACUUUGUAUAAAAGAUGGAUUUUUCCUUAUUUUUUAUGCCAUUAAAAAUAAGAAAAGCCUGUUUUCUUUACUCUGGACCCAGUAGCUGCACUGGUAUACAAUCGCACUGAUGGAUAAGAAAAAAAAAAAAAAGAAAAGAAUAAAAAAAGAGGAAUAAAUGAAUCAAUAAUAAUAAUGAUAAUGACAAAUAAGAACUACAAUAAACUUGUGUUUGAAGCUUUUAUUAUAAAAAUAUUUAAGAAAAAGACAAAAAAAAGAGAAAAUGACUGUUUUUGUACAACAAAAUAAAUUCUUUUCAAAGGAAUAUUUUGGAUCUAGUUUCAAAAUUAUUUUAGUGGUUUUCUAUGUUCUGAAUUUUUGAGACACCGACUUCUAAGACGUGUCACUGUACAAAUGACUUUCCGUUGCAGUGGCCUGAUGGGCUGGGAGGGUUACCUGGUGUAACUCCUCAUACCAACUUUUCUUUUUCUGUCAAUGUUUGGAAUUUUUUUUCCCUUUUUCUUUUCUUUUUAUUCCUCUACUUUAAUACUCUUGAAAAUUUUGAUGGAAUAAUAUGAACUGGGAACUUCAACUCCAUCCCCCGUAGAGCUAGGCCCUUUCUCCCCUCCUAUUGAAUUGCUGUUAGUGUGACACGACUUGAAAUGGGCAUUUAUUAUCAUAUGACUAAAUGGAAAAAGUGAAUAUGAGGAAAAAAAAAAGAAAAGCAAAACAAAAUGUGGGGAGGGUUGAAAGAAUAUAUAUAGAUGGGGUAUCUGAGUAUGUAAGCAAUGGCUGUGAAGAUAAUGUAGUUUUAAACCUUGUUAUUACCUUUUAAGAUCAUUUAUUCAAUAAAAAAUACAAAAUCCACUGCAAA